AUGGUGCGAACAAAGACGCGAGCCCGAACCCUUUCGGAGGUAUGGCCAAAUGGUCCCCCCGAUAUUAAGCUUCGACCCGCGUACAGAAUUGUGUACAACAAUCGCAUCUUCAAAGACCACACCGGUGCACCAGCUCUCAUGUCAUGGAACAGCCAUGAGGUUCUGCGUUCAUUGCCUCCUCUCGCCUCCUGGAUCUUCUACAUGACCCAUCCUGAUGUGCCACGCGACUUUGACGGCCAUCUACUCUAUAGUGACCUUGAGUACGACCACCAGUUGUGCAGAGGUGGCGAGUUUCGGUACGAGUUCUUCUUUCUUCCCGGCGCUACGGUUGAGGAGUGUCAUGCGCACUUUCUUGGGGAGAUGAAGGCUCGAGGGACCAUUUGGCGUCAGAUCCGCAAGGUGAAGAGAGUCAUGAAACAAAAGAAACAGGAACAAGGUGAAGAAGUGGAGGAGGUUCAACAGGCCGCCUCUAAUCAGGAGCCCGCUUCUGAUGAAGAGUCCCCUUAUGUACCAGAGUCCUCUUCCGAUGAAGAGACCGCUUCCGAUCAAGAUGCCGCCACGGACAGUCAACUCCCCGGCCUACCCUGGCCAAAGAACGAUCGCGAUUGCGGGUACUCAUCUUAUCGGGGCUGGUUCUUCAUCUAUCCAGACGCAGACAUCGAGUGCCGCACUCCUGAGCAAAAGGCGCGUCAACUCUGCCUCGUCCAGUUUGACCCCAUCCCUCCUGAUUGGGAAUGGGACGAGAAAGAGGAGGGGGGCAACUCUAACCCGAUGGAACGUCCCAUCGUUUCACGGUGGAUGAAGGCCGAUAACCAAGAAGAAGGGUUUGAAAGUGGGCUUUUUGGUUGGAUGGAAUCGUUGAAAAGGGCACUUUGGGAGGAAGCGGCGGAUGAAGCUACAGAAAACGCUCUGAAGCUGGGCUGGGAGUCUUGGUGA